AUGGCUGCCAUGUCGCGGGGACUUGCUACACGCCCGGCUGCUAAGCCAUCCUCCAAAAUAUCAAAGUCGGCGCGCCCACAAAAACGGGUCAAGGGCGGGACCGAAUCCACGCGCAAUCAUGUCUUCAAAGGCUUUUCGCAGCGCAUUGCACAACUCAGAAUUGAGCCUGUUCGCCGCGGUCGCAGCACCAUUCUCGAUGAUGCCGAGCUCGAAUCGACCUUCUCCUACUUCCGCGACUCGUUCCUCGAAUGGAGGGAACUCAACAUGUCGGAGCCCUUCACAGCCUUUGCCCGCAAGGUUGCGCCACUCUGCGACAGCCUCCCCCAAGUCCUCCACCAUAGCGAUCGCAUAUUCGAACUCCUCGUCGAACACAUUGAGAAGGGCGAAAAGUUUAGCCAGGAACCGUUGCUCAGCCUCAUGGCUCAUCUUGCACACGACCUUGGCGAGCGCUUUGAGAAAUAUUUUGAGAGGGCAGUGAAGACUGUGUCGCAUCUGGCAGCCACGCAUGCCGAUGUAGAAGUUAUAGAAUGGGCAUUUGGCUGUCUGGCCUGGUUGUUCAAGUACCUUUCAAGGCUAUUGGUACCGAACCUGCGCCCCGUCUUUGAUCUCAUGUCCCCUUUGCUGGGCAAAGAGCGCCAAAAAGCCUUCGUCUCUCGCUUUGCGGCCGAGUCAUUGAGCUUUCUGGUACGCAAGGCCGGAGCUGCCUAUCACAGAGACAAGGCGCCGCUCAAGUCAAUCAUCAAGCACAUAUCCGAUCUACUCAAGGACCAGCAGGAAUCCACAAAGGACUACGCAUUCCAGCAAGGUCUCAUGUAUCUUUUUACCGACUCGCUUAAGGGCGUACAGCGCGGCUUCCACUCAAGUGCUACCGUCAUUUUACAAGAGCUUUUGGUCGAGACGCUCAACCUAGAACAUCUUGACCUCCGGAUUCCGCCUCUCGAACCUGUACUUAUCGGUGUAGUUACUGCAGCUAUCCACCACACGGAUGCAGAGAACUUCAGCCCUUUGCUCGAAGUCAUACUUGGCGAGGCAGACAAAGUGUCGUCAGACGUGCGCUAUGUUGGCCUAUUGUCUCGCUUGCUAAUGGUCGUUUACGGCGUCCGCCAAGGUGACCGUGUCGAAGAUUGGAGACCCGUGCUGGGCUCAAUCAGCAAUCUGCUUGAUUCUACCAAAGCUUCGACUGAAAUCGACUCUGUUGAUGCAUGGGAGCUACUAUCAGUCGUCGCCGUUGUUUUCCAGUAUUGUGCGCUGGACGCAGCUAUUCCCCACGAGAAGCUGCUGGAAGGCCUGACUCGUGGUCCUUGGGAAGCUUAUUUUCUGCCAUUCUGCAACUUGUUCGCCGGUCUAGGCGUGGAGAGGUUCAGAACUUUGCUUCUCCCAUAUUUCAAGAGAUUUGUUACGCAAAAGACUCAUGAGCAUGGUCCUCAAUUCUGUGCAAUUCUGCCUCAACUUUACCAAAGCGGAGCACUAGCGAACACCACUUUGCAGCCGUCCGAGCGCUGGCAAGCGAUCUUGGAAGAGCCCUUUGAUGAACUCGACAAGUCUACAGGAACCGAGACCGAUUUGGAGAACCAGACUUUUUACUGCAAUGCCUUGCUAGGUGCGAUAGAGUCGCUGCGCAUAGCUGAUGAUAAGACGCGAGAAAUCUGGAAUGACCUCGCACACUUGCUCAAAAAUGCUGUCCAAGGAGCGAAUCUUACCACAAAGCGGACUGUCGAUAUUUUUGCUACUGGUAAAGGUUUCCAGUUCCUUAUCAGCAAAGGUGGCGACGAUGACCAACUCAAAAGUCUGUGGCCUGCGUUGUGCCAAACCUCCAAUGUAUUUGGACACUCCAUCGCUUUCUGGUGUGCGCUACUAGACUUUUUAAAGAAGCACAAGGGAGACCUGGAUACCACAGGACCGCAUAUGGAACCCUUGAAGCGAACCAUCAUGCACUGCCUAGGAUCCCCUUCGCAUGAUCUGAGACUUUUGGCCAUAUAUGUCUUGCAAUUUGUUGCGCACCAAAGUGAAGAACCACAAAAGAUUCUGUCAGUCGCCAUGUUGAUUGAACAAACACCGCCAAAUCUCGAGACACAAAGAUCCAUUGCGAUGCGCGUAGGCCAAAUGACUAAAUUGUACCCUGCCGUAUGCGCUGAUGAGUGGGUGGGAGAAGCUAUCCCUGCAUUCUGUCUGGGACUACUCCAUGUACGCCUAGCAUCAGUGUGGGAAGACAGUUGCUCUGCGUUGAAAGCCAUCUGCGAGACCAAGGAAGGAGAAGGCUUUGUCACUCAAACCGUCUUUGAAUGGCUGGCUGCGAGCGAUGCUGCUGAUAUCGUUUCUGACAGUCCUCAGCCAGCCUCAUCGCGACCGUACGCGACCGAAUUCGAGUGUACCAAUCUGAUGCAGUUGCAGGAGCAUGUCGCUGAUGUUCAGGCGAAAGCUGACAACCCUCAAGAGCAACUGGAGAUCUUAUUCAAGGAGGCACAUGCCGAAAUACCUUUUUACAACUCCUUCAGCAGGACGCAAGCUCUCAAAGUGUUGAGUUCUCUACCACACAUCGCAGAAAAGCGCUCGAGACUUCUUGUACCAGUUCUCCUGAAGUGGGCUUUUGACCAAGUGCCAGACUCUGAAGGUACUACUUCGGAUGAAGAUGCUCCAGCCACUUUGCAGGAUCGUUGGACAAGGAAAGACCAGAAAGCGAUGCUUUCUAUCUUUGCAAAAUUCAACAAUCCAAAAGUCUUGUAUCGAACAGACGAAGUUCGCCAAGCCCUCCUUGCCUUGCUCAGUAACGGAGAUGUCGAAAUUCAAAAGGCUUCGCUGAAGGCGCUUCUUACAUGGAAAGACAAGGCAAUAGUCGCAUAUCAGGAACAGCUACUGAACCUACUCGACGAUGAAAGAUUCCGUGACGAACUCCCGAUAUUCCUCAGCGAAGGCAAGCUCCAAGACUCUGACGUUGACCAAGUCCUCCCAAUCGUGUUGCGAUUACUGUACGGCAAGGUUAUAGCCGGAAAACGAGGCCUUGAGUCGAAAAGAAAAGCCGUCUUCGUUAGCCUGAAAACAAGAUUCGGCGACGAAGCCAUACAUCAGUUCUUACAGAUCGCUUUCGGACCUCUGGGUCACAUUUCAAUCUUGAGCGAUAGGGUUGUCGACGAGGAACUGCUGCAGAAAAGUCUAGUAGACACACGAAAGCAGGUCGGAAUGCUGAACCUGCUGGAUGAUUUACUGAGUACCUUUGCGACGACAUUCGCUCCGUUCAUUGCUACCGUAGUGGACCCCAUCCUGUACUCUGCCAUCAAAGCAUCGCGAGAGCUCUCAGCUUCAGUCGAUCGCCAGGGUGAUGAGGGCAAAUCGACGCAGACAUCAUUGUUGAAGACUGUUCGGCAACGUUCACUCCACAUUCUGAGCAAGCUGGUCGAGAACGGCCCAGAGUUUGAGUGGCAUCCGUACACCAGAGCUCUCGUCAAAGAGAUGAUUGAACCUCGACUGGACCAAUUUCCUGUCGAAACCGCGCAAUCUAUCUCCGGCAUUCUUCGUUUGUUUGCAGCAUGGUCAAAAUCGGCUCAUACGGCCCCGUUUUUGGUUGAAUUCAACCCAGUCAUCUUGUCCAAAGUCAUUGACUGUCUUGAGGUACCUUCAGCCAAAGAUGAGGUCAAAUGCUUCGUUCUAGAUAAUGUUAUUCGAAGCAUUGUGGCUCUUGUGUCUGUUGAAGAAGACGCCUCGACAACUGAAUCGAGGAUCCGAAAGAAUCGCAUACAUACCGACAUUAUUCAACUAUACUCCACUUCAAUCCUGGGUCGAAUUGGUCAUCUACUCCGACAGAACCCAAGUAAAGAAGUGCUCGAAUCUGGGGUUCAGACGGUUGCGGAACUCGCCCCUCAUGUCGUCGGUGCCUCCGAAUCGCGUAGUAUGAUUGAGAUCGCUACCUUCCUUCUACGUCAACCUUCGAAGCGUGUAAACCCUCGUACCAAGCUAGGGUUGCUCAAGAUCCUGCACGAGUUCAUUCAGCGUUGCGAUGACCAAAACUUGAACGAGUUGCUCGACACGAUAUACGAUGCGAUUUGCCCCAUGUUCGCUUUUGUCCAAGAUCGUACGGCAAGAGAAUUGCUUUGCGAUGUCGUUCAAGAUCUCUCCGACACUAACAGUGAUCUCCAAGUCAUCGCAAAGAUAUGCCAUGAUCUCAACUCCUUUGCAAAGGGGCGCCUGGAUGAGCCAGACUUUGAGCGACGUUCACAGGCAUUCAGCUCCAUUAACGAAGAGGCUUACAGAAGCUUUUCUCUCAUUCAAUGGAAGCCUCUGGUUUACAACAUGCUCUACUUCAUAAAGGACAACGAAGAGCUUAGCAUCAGAGUCAACGCAUCCUUGUCUUUACGCCGCUUUAGCGAGGUCUCAACCAGCGAAGAAUUCAGGUCGUUUAUGUCGUCAGCAGUUCUGCCUGGAAUCCAGGCUGGUAUGCGCGAGCCGUCUGAACUGGUUCGAAUCGAAUACCUUGCUGUGCUAGAGCAUCUGGUCAAGACGCAUCCUGACUGGGCUCCUGUAGUGGACCUUCACAUACUUCUCUCAGACGAUGAUGAGGCUUCAUUUUUCAGCAACAUCUUGCACAUUCAGGGUCAUCGUCGACUUAGAGCAUUGCGUCGCUUGGCUGCCCAUGCUUCUCAUCUGCGUGGUACGAAUGUCUACCAGAUUCUCGUACCCCUCUUAGAGCACUUCGUCUUCAACAAGGGUGACGAUGAUGGUGCAGACAGCCUUUUGGGAGAGACCAUCAAGACGCUCACGGCGUUGACAGAAUGUCUGGAAUGGCCGCAAUUCCGCUCUCUCCUGAAGCGGUAUAUUGGCUACCUAGCCACCAAAGAAGACCUCCAAAAGCCCAUCAUUAGGUUGAUUGCAGGUUUGAUGGAUGGUCUUAAUCAAGCAGGUCGAGCCAAGGGCUACGUAGCCACGUCCCCGGCCGGAUCAGACGACCCAGCCACUUCUGAGACCAACGACGACCCUGCGACUAUGGACAUUGACAAACCUCAGUCCAUUCUCACAAAAACUCUUCCUCAGCAGGAAAAACUGAGCAGUGAUAUGAUCAACAACUUUCUUCCUGAUCUGACCAAUUUCCUACACAAAAAAGACGAAGCGACAGUUAGUUUACGAGUACCUAUUGCCGUCGCGAUUGCCAAAGUUCUUCUCGUCCUUCCUCCACUUGAAAUCGAGACACGACUGCCUGGUGUCCUUUUGGAUAUCUGUUACAUCCUUAAGAGUCGUGCCCAGGAGGCUCGUGACAUGUCGAGGAAUACGCUCAGCGACAUUGCUACGCUCAUGGGACCGGCUUACCUAGGUUUCAUUCUCAAGGCAUUGCGAACAGCGCUUCAAAGAGGUUAUCAACUCCAUGUUCUUUCCUACACUUUGCACACCAUCCUGGUGAAGCUCUCAGACCAAACGAAUCCAGGAGAUCUCGACUACUGCCUUACAGAUCUUGUGGAUGUGAUUAUGGAUGAUACUUUUGGUGCCGCUGGCCAAGAGAAAGAUGCCGAAGAGUACAUUUCCAAGAUGAAGGAAGUAAAGAGCAGUAAAAGCUUCGAUUCGAUGGACAUCAUCGCACGAUCUGCCACUCCUUCUCAUCUUAUCAAGCUCGUACUUCCGAUUAGGUCCCUUUUGAUUGAGAAGCUUAACGCAAGGAUGGUGCAGAAGAUUGAUGAGCUACUGCGGCGCAUCGGGCUCGGUGUACUACAAAACCCCACCGUCAACAACAGGGAUAUUUUGGUCUUUUGUUACGAGCUUAUUCAAGAGGCAUAUGCAGCAAACACGCCAACUGACAAGAAAGCUAAGAUUGACCCUAAAAGCAAGCGAUAUCUCGUCAACAACAAGGGGGCGGCCAAGUCUGGAGCACGACUCAGCACUUCUUCGUACCUGUACAAGAUGAUUCGCUUUGGUAUGGAUAUACUUCGGACUGUUUUGCGCAAGCACGAAGACCUUCAGACCCCGCAAAACUUGGCCGGUUUCUUACCAAUCAUCGGCGAUGCAAUGGUGCAAGGACAAGAAGAAGUACAAGUUUCGGCCGUCCGUCUCCUUACAACUGUCAUCAAGGUGCCGAUGCCUGAGCUGGACGCCAACUGCCCUGUAUACAUUGACGAAGCAAUGCGUGCCAUCAAAGGUGCGCUAUCGUCCAACACUGAGCUUGCCCAAGCUUCUCUAAAGCUGGUCUCUGCUGUGUUGCGUGAGCGGCCCAAUGUACAGGUGAGGGAACGAGAUGUCGGACAUCUUCUCAAGCGCAUGAUGCCGGAUUUGGAUGAGCCUGAUCGCUCAGGUGUCAUAUUCGGCUUCCUCAAAGCUGUCAUGAACCGACAUUUUGACAUCCCGGAAAUGUAUGAAGCCAUGGACAAAAUGGCAGAGAUGAUGAUUACCAACCAGACAAAAUCUGCCCGCGAUAUUGCCCGCAGCCACUUCUUCCAAUUCCUGACAUCUUAUACCCAGAGCGAGAAGCGUUUCAAGAAACAGAUGGAGUUCCUGCUCAAGAACCUUCGAUACGAGCACAUGGAAGGCAGACAAUCAGUCAUGGAAGCACUGGAUCUCAUCAUUGGAAAGGCGCUACCUCGGUUCCCUGAGAAGGCGCAAUAUGAAUACCACGGUAUCAUGUUCCUGCCACUGAUCAACACUGUAGCAAACGAUGACUCGGGUAAAUGCAGAGAAAUGGCCAGUCUAUUGAUCAAGAGACUGUUCCAGCAUGCCAACGACAAGCGACUGCAAAGCUUCGCCACAGAUCUCAAGAGUUGGCUGGAGCAAGACGACAACAUUGGCUUGAAGCGUCUCGGAAUCCAGGUUUGGGGCUUCUAUUUCGAAGCCAUGGAAGACAAUGAGGAGCCAAAAGAACUUGCAUACGUCCUCGAUCGACUUGACGCAACAAUCGGUGAAUGUUUAAGCCGACGCGACGAAGACGAUUGGGAGCUCUUGUACUACUCCCUCACCCUGCUCUCAAAAGUCUGCAAGAAAUAUACAGACACCAUGUUCUCGUCAAGCAAAGAUGGACUGUGGACCGCAGUCCAAGCCAGCGCUACCUACCCGCACAUGUGGGUCAAGCUUAAAGCUGCAGAGCUGCUGGGCACCUACUUUGCCCACCUUGGAAUUUCAAACAAGGAUUCAGGCCUUGGAGCACUGCCACUAAAGGGGUCUGGCGGUUUACAGCUGGCUGAGCAGAACAUGACGCAGCUGUGCAACGCUUUCUUGCGAAACUUGUUGAACCCAGAAGUCUCGGAACAGCUUUGCCUGCAAAGUGUCAAGAAUAUUGCCUUCAUCGCGCGAUGCCUCGCUGUUAACGGAGCGAAGUGGCAGUGGCAGAAGGCUGACGAGGAUGAGGAGAUGGAAGAGUCUACCAUUGCGGCCACCGGUGAUGCAGUCGCUACAGAAGAUGAGGAGGACUUUGAUGGCUUCUCGCCUCCGCCAGAGAAUAUCAAGCCCAAGAAGAUGGAAGACACUCCACCAACAGCAAUUCAUCGCCUCAUGAUCCGCCUUUCGGGCAUCGUUCGAAAAGACAAGAGCACCAUGAAUGCCAAGACCGCAAUCAUGAACCUUUUCGACACUAUCGCCGCUAAAUUUCCUCUCGAACCUCUUUCCACAUCUCUCCCACACCUCCUGACCACUCUAUCUACCCUCACCGAUGCCACUGCAACCUUUCCUCGGUCCGCUGCACAGAUCGGCCCUAACAACACGGUCAAUGAUCCAUACAAGGCCCUUGCUGAUAAAGCUCGUGAAGUCAUGAACAAUUUGCAGAAGCGCCUUGGAACGCAAGAGUAUUUGAAGAUCAUGGGAGAAGUACAGAAAGGUGUCAGAGAAAGGAGGGAAGAGAGACGCAGAAAGAGAAAGGUAGAGGCGAUUGUUGAUCCAGAGAAGUUUGGCAAGGACAAGCGCAGGAGACACGAUGUCAAGAGGACCAAGAGGAAGGAGAGGAGCGCCGAUGAGAGGGGCAAGAGGCGAGGAUGGUAG